CCUGAACCGGAAACAGUUUAUUUCUUUCCUGAAUGUGAACGGUGGUUGCUCAACAAUCAAGUGAAAGUAAGGCAUUAAAUACAUUUUUCAAACGUAUUUUCAUAGAAAAGUAUCACCCAAACCCGACUAUAAUUUAACGUGAAACUCGACUCACAGACCAUGGUGACUGCUGAUGAAAUUGCACAAUUGUGCUAUGAGCGUUUCAACGAGCUCCCACGGAGAGGAAAGCCCGAGCCGGGCAGAGAGUGGAGCCCGUUAGCCGCGGUGGUGAAAAUCACCCAAUGUGCAAAGUCGGGCAGAGUUGAAAAAGAAGUUGUAUCCCUUGGAAGUGGGACGAAGUGUAUUGGACAGACUGCCAUGAGUCCCAAAGGUGAUGUGCUCAAUGACAGCCAUGCAGAAGUCAUUGCCAGAAGAGGGUGUAUCAGGUAUCUAACGCAGGAGUUGCACAGCGCUGUGAGCGGAAGGGGAAGCACCGUGUUUUGUCAGACAGCGCAUCAAGGGAAAUUGAGGCUUCAGCCAGGAAUUUCUUUCCUGUUUUUCACCAGUCAUACACCCUGUGGUGACGCCUCUAUAAUCCCUAUGAAUAGCAGGCAGCUUCAAGUGUGUACUUCUGUCACAUCUAUGAAGAAUGAUCAAGGGACAGCUGGAGGCCUAAAAAGAAAAGCUAAAGCACACAUUCCAAAGCAAAACUCCAAACAGCCCUCUCUAGAAGAAAAUGGCACUGAAGAGACAAAACGAAAGAAUAUUCAAGAAUCAAAACAGCAUUUUUCCUUGCCUUCGUCCUCAUCUACAAGUGAUGAUGAGCCAUCACAGGGACCAUCUCCCAAAAGACAUCUUCAGACCGUCUCACAUGCUUCAGCAGAGCUGAUAAUAAAAAACAGAGUCCCUUCAAACGUUAGCCCUAUUGUCUGUGCCAGGCUGAACUCGCAGGUCUGUGAUAGUCUCAGAACCGGAGCCAAGUCUGUACCAGGUGGCCUUGCAGACCCUCUUCAACCGGGGAUGGGCUACCAUAGGACAGGAUUACUUCGUGUCAAACCUGGUCGAGGAGAGCCAACGCUGUCUCUCUCAUGCAGUGAUAAACUGGCUCGGUGGACGGUGCUGGGCUUUCAGGGUGCACUCCUGUCACAUUACCUACAGAAGGGGCUCUACUUUAGCACUGUGGUGAUAGGAAAGUGCCCCUUUAGCCACGAGGCCAUGCAAAGAGCUUUGAUCACAAGAUGCUCCCAUGUAUCAGAUCUCCCUGCUGGUUUCUCAGUGUCUGCACCCAUUUUUCUGCAGUCCAAAUUGGAGUUCCCCUUCAGCCAGGCCCAAACUGAGCUCCAACACAAAGCUGGACAAGGAUGCAUUACACCCUGUGGGGCAGCGGUCAGCUGGUGUAAAGUGCCUGAUCAGCCACUUGAUGUCACUGCCAGCGGCGUCAAACAAGGAGUCACCAAGAAAGCCCUGGGAACAGCUAAAUCUAGGUCUGCUCUGUGCAAACUGGAGCUUUUUCAUUCAUUCCUGUCUGUGGUGUCGUCCACUGACGCUUCAGUACUUCCAGACUCUCUUAGGAGGACGGAUCUACACACUUACUUGGACUACAAGGAGGCAUCUGAGGCCUACCAGCAAGCUUGGCAGCUACUUCGCAAUCAGGCGUUCCCCCUUUGGCCACGCAGUAACAGAGACCUCCUGCUCUUCAAAUGAAACCCAAAAUAUCCCCGUUAAGCUUAUUGUAGAGCUGUCAAAUGAUCCGGAACAUCCAUAUUUUGUUACAGAAAUCACUGAACGCUGACUUGUUACGGCCGUAACACUGAUUAUUCCGGAUAUUGGGGUAAAAAAAUAAAAUAAAAAAAAAUAAUUCUUACACGUAUCAUUUACGUUAUCACGAAGGGAGGGCAAUGAGUGAGAAGGAAAAGACGGAAAAGCAUGAUGGUAAUUGGAAAGGGGGGGAGGGGGAGACUGGGGCUUGUUGUCACAUGGCAAAUAUCUUGUCCACCAGAGGUCGCAACCAAAGUAGAAUACUAGUUUUCUGCCUUUACAUGGUCAGGGGUCGUGUCCUGUCUGUGAAGAGAAUCGCACAUUGUGAGCUGAGAUGAGCAUCAAUCAAUCUUUUUGCACAACCAAAAGUAAAAAUAAAAAAAAUAAGUUAAUUUUAUACAUUUUCAAAUAGGGUUCUUCCAGAUAAAUCCUAGCAGUGACACAUCUGGACUUGUGAGAGGAGAUAUUAAGGCAUCUUGUCAUUGUUUUUUUUUUUUUUAGCUAACUUUAAGAUAGAGCCAUCAUUGGCAAACAUGGCAGUUUGGGGUAAAAUGUCUCUUAGUUAUUUUGGGGUUGUCAUGUAUUUUCACAAUGAAGUAAAUUCCUCUUUUUUUGUACUUCAGUUUACGCUUUUAUUUUCAGUUUAAGAAAGGUAAAACAGGGAGUGGAGACUAAGAGCCAUGGCCUGUGUGCCAGCAGUUCCUAAGAACUUUAAUUCACUGCAUGUUGGAUAAUAUUUUAUCAAUCCAUCCAUUUUCCAUGCUGGAGCCUAUCCCAGCUAACUCUGUGCGAGAGGCAGGGUACACCUUGAACUGGUUGCCAGCCAAUCGCAGGGCAUAUACAGUGGGUACGGAAAGUUUUCACACUUAUAUUGCAGCAGUUUCAAAAAUAAAAUCUUUUUUAAAAAAAAAAUUCCUCAGUGUAUACACAGCACCCCAUGUUGACAGGGGAAAAAAAUGGAAUUGUUGAAAGUUUUGCAGAUUGAUUAAAAAGAUAAAACUGAAAUAUCACACAGCCAUAAGUAUUCAGGCCCUUUGCUGUGACACUCAUAUUUAGCUCAGGUGCUGUCCAUUUCUUCUGAUCAUCCUUGAGAUGGCUCUGCACCUUCAUUGGAGUCCAGCUGUGUUUGAUUAUACUGACUGGCCUUGAUUAAGAAAGCCAUACACCUGUCUACAUAAGACCUGACAGCUCACAGUGCAUGUCACAGCAAAUGAGAAUCAUGAGGUCAAAGGAACUGCCUAAAGAGCUCAGACACAGAAUUGUGGCAAGGGACAAAUUCGGCCAAGGUUACAAAGAAGAAAUUCUGCUUCACUUAAAGUUUACACGCACAUGAUUUGCAAAUCAUUGUACUCUGUUUUUAUUUAUGUUUAACACAACGUCUCGACUUCAUUGGAAUUGGGGGUUGUACACUUGAGACUAGAGUAAUUUGAGUUCUGGGAUGCACUUGUCAUGGAAACAAUGAGUCCUAGCCCUGGAAUAAGGAGUCCAUCCAAGUUAUCAACACGGAAUACAAAUAGCGUAAUCCUCUGCUACGUCACGGUUCUUGCUUCUAUGGUCCCGCUAUAAUGCAUGUUUUUAUUAUCUUGUGUAUUGCUUGUACAAUAUUUUUGUUAACUAUUGCUCUCUCUCAGUACAUUGUAUGUGUUUGGGCCUGCCACAAAAGCAAUUUUGUUUAGAACGAUAUAGUUUCACCAAAAACUUUCACGAUAAACGAUAGUAUCGUUAAAGUGCUUUUUUUAAUGCCACUGAUAUGAUGAUGAUAGAGCAUAAUAAAGAGUUGUACACAUCUUACAACUUCUGCCCUGGGAAUCAAACAUAUAAGCACAACUGUGUAAUGUUCUCUCUUUACUAAAUAAAACUAGGGCUGCAUUUCACAAUAAGAGCAAGGAACUAAAAAGAGAAAAUGAUGU